CCGCCCGCCGCCCGACGGGGAGCCCGCACGCGCCUCCCAUCGCUGACAGCGGCCGGGCGGCACCUGGACUGCAGGGCGAGCGAGCCGGGCAGAGCCGCCAGCACCCCGCCGGGGAAGAGGAGGCUCGCAGCGCCCAGUCCGGAGGAAGGUAGGUGAUGCUCAGAUGCUGUUGCCUCUCAUCAAGUUGACGUUGGACGGAAGGAGAAUAUACUGUGCUCAGACUGGUCCAGGAGAGGGGACGUGAGCAGGAAUGCCGCUGUAGGUACAAGUGACCUGUCUGGCAAGGAAUGCAGCAUCCCGAGAGCCUCUUCUUGACAUCAUCCCACAGACCACUGCUUCCUUGAGGGAAAGGGCGCUGAGGAUUUUGCUAUCAGCCACCUAAAACUUUUGCCUAGCCAAUAGAAGACUUUUGCUGAAGAACUGAACAAGAUAUCGUUUCAUUUCGUUUUUGCAUCUUCUAAUCAUCUGGGCUACAGUAACUGUUGUUUAGCUUUGAGAAUUUUAAGCCAUAUUUGUUACUGUCAUUUUUGUGUACACGUUUCAAAAUGAUCGACUUAAGCUUCCUGACAGAGGAGGAGCAAGAGGCCAUCAUGAAGGUUCUGCAGCGGGAUGCUGCCCUGAAGAGGGCUGAAGAGGAGAGAGUCAGACAUUUGCCUGAAAAAAUUAAGGAUGACCAGGAGCUGAAGAAUAUGAGUGGCCAAUGGUUUUAUGAAGCCAAGGCAAAAAGGCACAGAAACAAAAUCCACGGAGCAGAUAUCAUCAGAGCAUCCAUGGUAAAGAAGAGGCACCAGGGAGCAGCUGAGCAGAGUAAGGACAGAGCAAACAGGGCAAAGGAAAGCUGGGUGAAUAAUGUCAACAAAGAUGCUUUCCUCCCCCCAGAGCUAACUGAUGUUGGAGAAGAGCCAGAAGAAGAUGUAGCACCUGCAAAUCCAAGUUCCAGCAUGGUAAAUCCAGCUUCCACCAUGAUUGAUACAUCCCAGGAAAGCACAAGGAAGUCAGCUGUAUCUCCAGCCAAGCAAAGGAAGAAUCCAUUUAAUAGCUCCAUGCUGCCAGAAGAUCACUUAUCUCAACAAAUCAAAAAUGAGCAGUCAAAAAAUGGAAGGGCUGGUUUCUUUCAGACUUCAGAAGAGGGUGAAUUGUCAGAGUCCAAAGAAGAGUCAUCUAUCCUGGAUAUUUCAAGCCAAAAUUUAGAGAAAACAAAGCAGACUUUUCCAGGCCCUGAGAAUGGGUCCCAAAUCAAGGCUCCAAUCCCCAAAGCCAGGAAAAUGAUCUAUAAAUCACAUGACUUAAAGCAAGAUGAUAACCAGUCUUUUCCUAGACAAAGGACAGACUCCCUGAACACAAGAGGGGCUCCAAGAGGGAUCCUGAAACGCAAUUCCAGUUCCAGUAGCACAGACUCAGAAACUAUUCAUUUUCAUCAGAACAUUGAACCCAAAAGCAAAAUUGUGUCACCUGGCCUAACCAUCCAUGAGAGAAUUUCUGAGAAGGAGCAUUCUUUAGAAGAUGACUCCUCCUCAAACUCACUGGAGCCAUUAAAGCACGUGAGAUUCUCUGCAGUGAAGGAUGAACUCCCACAGAGUCUGGAGCUAGUCCAUGGCCAGGAAAUAGGAGAAUUUAGUGUUUUAGAAUCUGACAGGUUGAAGAAUGGAACAGAAGAUGCAGGGGACAUAGAUGAGUUUUGGAAUGAUCCUAAGCCUUCCCAAUACAGAAAGCCUUUGCUUUUUCAGCCGUCAGCCUCAAGCCCAAGUACAUCAAAAAAUGAAACACAUCAGCCAACAACUUCUGGUUCCUUUCCAAUUAAUGAGCACCAUUCUCCCAAAGAAGUUUUAACUACAAGAGCACAGUCCACUGAGAAUUCACACGCCAUCAAUGAACACACAGCUAACUCAUCAGAAUUAUCAAGGCUUGAAUCAGAGUUGUCCAGAAGCCCUGCUGAUGAACUGUCUCACGUUGAGCCUGAGUCAUCUCGGGUGCCAGAUCUCAGUUCUAGAGACCAUCAGCAAGGUAAGCCCCCUCUUCUCAAGUCCCUAAAAGCUAAGACGUCCUCAUGCUCUGGUCCACAUGCCACUGAGAUAAGGAAGACAACCGAUGAUUCCAUAUCUAAAGUCCUAGACUGGUUUAACCGAAGUUCUCAUUCAGAUGACAAGAAAUCAUCUCUCCAAUAUUCCCAAGAAAUAGAGCCUAAAGGAAAAACAGACUCAAAGUCACGGAUUGCUGUUGCCUUGGUGACCGAUGAUACCAGUCAAAAAGAAAAUGGCUCAAAGGCUCUGUUAUCCACCAAAGUUGAAUUAACACCUGUGGGAUCUGAUUCAACAUUCCAGGUAGAGGAAAAUAUGCCUUUUGGAAAUGGCAAAAAUGUGGAUAUCAAACCCAAAUCUAUUAAUUUGUCCCCACAAGGCAAGGAAAGUCCAGGCAUACUGCAACCAUUUGAAAUCUCCAGUCCAAAUCAAGAGAGUAAAACUGUGGACUAUAGCCAAGUUUCAAAAAACGUAGGAGAAGGAAUUGGGGUACUUCCUCCAACCAAUAACUAUUCCUACAGUGUUUGCAAAGGAUCUCAUGCAGAAGAUCAAGUUCCAUGCAACACUAAGGAUGUUGACAGUUUAGGUGAAGAAGAACCCAAGCUUUGUGUUUAUGAAGAAAAUAGAAGAAAGUCAGGAGUGAAUUUUGACUCUUCAACAGUUAUCGAACAAUGGAGUUUGAAAGACAAUGUGAAGGCAGAGAGAGAGAGCAAAGGAAGAGAUAGUUACAUCCUAAAAGCUUCUUCAGAAUCGGAGGCUAUUGAGUCACCCCCUGAGGCUACCAACAAUAAAUCUCCUUGGAAGAAGCCUAAGGUCCAACUACAAGAAGCAGGUGAGGUUCCCCAAAACCAAGUGCAAAGAGAGAAAUACAAAAGAGUGAGUGACAGAAUAUCCUUUUGGGAAGGUGAGAAAGCUACUGCUAACUUAACUCAUAAAGAACCGACAUCUUCAUUUAGUCAGGAACAACUUUCUGCUAAAGCAUAUCAGCCUGUGAAGUCCAUGGACAGUUUAUCUAUGGGCUGUAGUAAAUAUAAUAAUCAAGUCACUGCCGAACAAGUGGUCCUAGAUAAGGAUGGUCAAGCAGCCCAUCUCUGCCAUUUUUAUUCCUCAAAUAAAACUAAAGAGACCAGGCCCCAAAUAUCAGGUCCAUCCAAAAAUGAUCCUUCAGCUGGCCAACCAGGUAAAGUGUCUCUGUUUCAGAGUAAGACAACUGAGCCUAUAAGAAGAUUACCAGUGACAGACAGUUUGCAUUGUGAAAAGGACAUUACUUUUCCACCACUGCAACUUCUUUCAAAUGUUGGGAGUGAAAUACAUACCUCUUUGGAGAAAGACAGAUCUCUAAUUGGUGAAUGGAAUCCCAACUUUAAAGUUAUAUCCCUAAAAGAAAGAAUGGAUGAACCCAAUACAGAACAGGUCUAUAAUCACUCUCAAUUUGAGAAUUUGAGAAAGUUUUGGGACUUAGGAGCCAAUCCAAACAGUCAAGAUAAUAUUGAGAAGAAUACUACCACAAGCCAAAAAAAUUCUGUGCCUUCUACUAGCCAGAAACACAAAGAAUUCAAUGACAUUAAAUCAUCAGGAAAAAAUACCCAUGAAAGAGAGACGCUUCUAAGCCAGAAAAAAGUUCCGGAAAGAGAGGAAAUAGAGAAAUUAAAUUCAAAGGGCACACUCCAGGUGUUACCAAAUGAAACCACAUUUCCAUUGAGACCACCCAGAAAGUCCACUCAUCAGUUGCCAGGAUAUGAGUCAUCAAAGGAAAACAUGGGAAAAAAUACAGAAGGGUUUGUUACUCCAGUGUUCAAGGAAGAAAAGGAUUACUCUGACAAAGAGAUUCAAGAGAUUCAAGAAUCCAUCGUGAAAACAAGUGUUUUCUCUAAAGACUACAGAGACACGUUUAAUGACAGCUUACAGAAGCUGCUUUCAGAAGCCUCAUCACAAGUCAUCCAGCCCUCUGGUGGAAAAGUUCAUAAAAAACAAGCGCUUGAACCAGGUAUUUCUGAAAAUAAGACAUGGCCUCGAAAGACAGAUUUUGCUGAUACUGAGGAAGAAGCCAAAAGACCUAAGGAGAUCAUUAAUGAGCAUAUAGACAAAACAGUAGCUCCUCCAAAGGUCAAUUCGAACACUUUGACUGCUAGUCCAGACAAACUCCUGAAGGAAGCAACUGGAACUCCACCCUCUCCCUUGCAAACCAAAUGUGAACCGGCAACCACUAGGAUCAACUCUGAGUCUGAAGAGAGUAGAGUUUAUGAAGAAGGGAUAGAAUGGAGUCAGAACACAUCAGCCUAUCAGAGAGAGAUACUAGCUUCUUUUCCAGAGGCAGAAACUUUGGGAAAUUCAGCUCUCUCCCAGAAAGCUCAAAGUGGUGAGUGCCAGCUAAACACGGAGAACUUGUUUCAGAUGGCUGCAGAAGGUUCUUACCCAUUGGAUCAACCUUCCUAUCACCACAGAAAGGGUUCUUUUGGGGAUGUGGCCAACACUCCCCAAGGUAUGCCUUCUUCUAAGGAUGCUCAUCUAGUUCCUCAGAAUAAGGCAUUACCUUCUCAAAGGGAAAUUUCUGAGACUGUAGAAAAAGUUCUUCUUCUACCCAAACCUGCACUGAAUGAUGUAAAGGCUGUAUUACAAAAGCUACUUAGAGAAGCUUGGUUGAGUUAUCCAGUUGGGAGGGAAGUAGUUUCUGGAGAAGUAAAAGCAGAAUUUCCUGAAGGCGUGCAGGUAGAAGGUAGCCCCUCAAACUCUCUGGGAGUUAUCCCAUCACAGACUACAAUGGACAGCAUAGUUCCAGACAGAAAGGAUUUGUAUUCCUGCAGUGUAGUUCCUGAUCAAACUCAUAAAGUUGGAUCUUAUUUAGCUGCCCAAAUGCUUCCAUCAGAACAAACCCUUAGCUCAUCUGCUUCUACUGUUGCUCAGUAUGGCAAAGAGUUAUCUCAGGAAGUGACAGAAAUUGUGAGGGAAACAAUUAUUCAACCUAAAUCAGAGCUCCUUGAAUUCAGUGCUGUCUUAGAAAAACUACUGAAGGAAACAAUUGAAACCCCCUGCUCAAAAUAUGACAGUGAUACAGGGACUCUUUAUUCAUCAAAGUUAAUAGGUAGUACUGAGGUGCCCAGGCAAGCUGCUUCUGAAUUCCAUCCUAAGGAAAUAAAAGAAACAGUAGAAAAGUCUGAGGCUCCAUCAAUUACUGGGAGUGCUUUUGAGAUUGGCUUUGAGAAACUCCUUAAAGAAUCAUCUAACGGUCCUUCUUAUCAGCUCCAAGUGUUGGUGAAGGAAGAAACUCCUGAGAAGGAGCCUUCACAGUCAAAGCAGGCCAGGUUCUUGGGGAAAGUGCCCUCUUUUUACUGGAAAGCCUCAAAGGCCUCGGAAAUGAAACGUAAGAGUAGUGUUUUCAAAUCUCAAGUCAGUCAAUGUGAUAAAGUGUUGGGAAGAGAAAAAGCUGUGACUGAUUUACCAAUAGAUCUCUGUGGUUUUGAAAGUGGGGUUGAGAUCCCUGGAACCUCACAACUUUCUGUGGACCAUGAAAUAGGGACCACGGAAACUAUAAAACCCCCAGAGGACAGGAAUUAUAAAAGUGAGGUUGCAGUAGUUUGAGAAGGGGCUUUUCAGGAGCUUGGUUUCAAAGAGGCUUCUGACGCAAUUAAUGUGCCCAGAAAUAGGCAACCCAUUCCUCUCCUGACAAACAAAGAAAACUCUACAAAAAUAAGUAAAGUUGAAUUGAUUCUGGCAUCCCCAUAUAAGAGACAAGAGAAAAAGGAAGAAAAAGAAGGUUUCUCUGACUCUGAUUUUUCAGAUGGAAACAUCAGUUCUAAGGCAGAAAGCUAUAGAAAUACCUCCAGUUCAGAAGAAGAACCCAGUCCUGUUUUGAAAACUUUGGAAAGGAGUGCUGCUAGGAAAAUGCCUUCCAAAAGUCUAGAAGAUAUUGCAUCAGAUUCAUCAAAUCAAGCAAAAGUAGAUAAUCUGCCAGAAGAAUUAGUGCGUAGUGCUGAAGAUGUUUCCACAGUGCCUUCACAACCUGAUAAUCAGUUUUCCCACCCUGACAAACUCAAAAGGAUGAGCAAGUCUGUUCCAGAAUUUCUCCAAGAUGAGAGUGAUGACAGAGAAACAGAUACAACAUCAGAAGGCAGUUACCAGCUCAGCAGACACAAGAAGAGCCCGAGCUCUUUAACCAAUCUUAGCAGCUCCUCUGGCAUGACGUCCUUGUCUUCUGUGAGCGGCAGUGUGAUGAGUGUUUAUAGUGGAGACUUUGGCAAUCUGGAAGUGAAGGGAAAUAUUCAGUUUGCAAUCGACUAUGUGGACUCACUGAAGGAGUUGCAUGUCUUUGUGGCCCAGUGUAAAGACUUAGCAGCAGCAGAUAUUAAAAAACAGCGUUCGGACCCAUAUGUAAAGACUUAUCUGUUACCGGACAAGGGCAAAAUGGGCAAGAAGAAAACGCUUGUAGUGAAGAAAACGUUGAAUCCUGUGUAUAAUGAGAUACUGCGGUAUAAAAUCGACAGGCAAAUCUUAAAGACACAGAAACUGAACCUGUCUGUUUGGCAUCGAGAUACAUUUAAGCGCAAUAGUUUUCUAGGGGAAGUGGAAGUUGAUUUGGAAACUUGGGACUGGGACAACAAACAGAAUAAACAAUUGAAGUGGUACCCUCUAAAGCGGAAGACAGCACCAGUUGCCUUUGAAGCAGAAAACAGAGGUGAAAUGAAGUUAGCUCUCCAGUAUGUCCCAGAGCCAAUGCCUGGUAAAAAGCUUCCUACAACUGGAGAAGUGCACAUCUGGGUGAAGGAAUGCCUUGAUCUACCAAUGCUAAGGGGCAGCCAUCUAAAUUCUUUUGUUAAAUGUACCAUCCUUCCAGAUACAAGUAGGAAAAGUCGCCAGAAGACGAGAGCUGUGGGGAAAACCACCAACCCUGUCUUCAACCACACGAUGGUGUAUGAUGGGUUCAGGCCCGAGGACCUGACGGAAGCCUGUGUCGAGCUUACCGUCUGGGACCAUUACAAAUUAACCAACCAGUUUUUGGGAGGUCUUCGGAUUGGCUUUGGAACAGGGAAAAGCUAUGGUACUGAAGUGGAUUGGAUGGACUCUACUUCAGAGGAAGUUGCUCUCUGGGAAAAGAUGGUAAAUUCCCCCAACACUUGGAUUGAAGCAACCCUGCCUCUUAGAAUGCUGUUGAUUGCCAAGAUUUCCAAGUGAACCCAGAGUCCACUGGCUCCUCCACUGAAAACUACUAAACAGGUGGAAUCUGAUCUUAAAAAUGUUACUAUGUAGACAGAGAUCCUCACCUUCUAUCUAUUGCCAUAACAAAUGCUACACAGCAUGUUAAAGUCAACCUGCAUGUACUUCUUUGGUUACAAGGCCCAAGAGACUUAAAUGAUAACAAAACAUGUAACGUGUUUGUGACUCCAACAUUAAAGAAGAUGUUUGAGAAAGUUAAGAAAAUCAAACCAUUGCUGCUGCUUCAAAGAAAAAGCUGCCAAAAAUAAUUAAAUGUGGGGUGUUGUUAAUGAACAAAGUUUUCCAAUUUGCCAUCAUGUGUUUCUUUUUUUGUUUUUUUUUCAUUUUUUGGCCGUGCCACAAGGCUUGUCGGAUCUUAAUUCCCCGACCAGGGAUCGAACCCACGCCCCCUGUACUGGAAGCAUGGAGUCUUACCCACUGGACCACCAGGGAAGUCCCACCACCAUGUGUUUCAAACCACAGUUUUGUGCUACAGUUAGAAGGGCCUGCCACUUGAUCAUUGAAAACCCUUGCAUGAACUGAAAAAAUGUUGGUUGUAGAAGAGUGACUGAAGGAUACUCCUACGAGGGGACAAAAAAGCAGAAUAUCAGUGAUGAUAAAGAAUUUGUUCAUAAGAAAACUAUUUACUCUGUAAUCUCUAUUGAAAAUGGAAUUCCAUGUUAGGGCAAUGAUACUGUAUUUACUGCAUAUAUUUUUUGUCUUGAGAAACUUUCCCUUUUCCCAGUGUUAAAGUCCCAAAUGUGCUUUGGUGCCACUCACUGGCCAUAGGUGGAAUUUAGUUUUGGGCUUAAUUUUCUCCCAAGAUAAGUCUCAAACCUGUAUUUUGUAAUAGAGUGCCCGUAUAUAAAACAAAACCUUGCAUAUAUGAGAUUCUGUUUUUCUUAUAACUCUACUAUAUGAAAAGAGCAUGAGCGUGGUCGCAGACAUGCCUUGCAACAAAGUUUUAAUUAGAAUGUAAAUUGUUAAAUUAUACUGUACUUCCUGUGUUUGUAUACUUUUCAUAAAGUAUUUUUUAAAAACCGUUAGAAUAAAUUAUUAUAUGAUUUAAUUGUCAAA